AUGGCGGCGAGGCAGACAAGGGGGCGGCAGAGGAUCCCAAUGCGGCUGAUACAGAACCAAGACGACCUCUACGCCUCCUUCUCGAAGCGGCGCCUCGGCCUCUUCAAGAAGGCCAGCGAGCUCAGCACCCUCUGCGGCGCCGACGUCGGCGUCAUCGUGUUCUCGCCCACAGACAACCCCUUCUCCUUCUUCUCCCCGACCAUGGACUCCGUCCUCGACCGCUACCUCCACCCCGACCGCCCCACGCGCCACUCCGCACGCGCCAUCGACUCCCACGCGCGCGCGCGCAUCGACGCCCUCAACAAGCGCCUCGACGACCUGCUCGACCAGAAGCUCCGCCUCAAAGACUACCAGCGCCGCCUCGACGAGGCGGAUCAGGCCAGGCAGAAAGCCUGGUGGGAAGAAACCGCCGUCGACGGCCUCGAUAAGGAGCAGGUGAGGCAGUGGACGGCGUGGUUCGGGAAUUUCAAAGCUCGGGUUGAGGAUAAGGUGGCGCGGCUGCGGAAUGGAGGAUCGAGUUCGUCGGCGGCGGCGGCGGCGGAUCCGUUUUACCGUCGCGUCUUUGCGCCUCAGUAUCGGUAUUAUGUGAGUCCGGAGGGUGGUGGUGGUGGAAGUGGGCAGAAUGUUUUUCCGGCGGCGGGGCAUGUGGAUGGGUCCGGUGGUGGUCGACAUUUGUGCCCUAAUUUGGUGCCUCGGAGUCAGGGUAUUCCGUCGGCAAAUUUGUGUUUUCCUCUUGCUUCGGGAGUUGAGAAUAUUCCAUCUGCUGCUGCUGGGGAAGAAGAAGCUGUUACCUCCAAUCAAGGGGGGAGUUAG